AGACUGGAUCCACUUCAUUGUUCUAUACAACUGGAGUGCAUUCCGAUGUCAUCGUUUAAAUUUCUUUGAGGUGAUAUCCAUGUUAGUGGAAGGUGGGGGGAUAUAGCUACAGCAAUAACCGCUUGAGUAUAGAAGCUUGUAACUGUUGACUCCUUUUUUUUUUCUUAAAAACCAAGACUUGAGAAUAUACAUGAUCAUUGGACUUAUUAUAACCUAUAAUACUAUAUAGAAACUGGAUUAUAUUAUACUUACUACUAUUCUACAAUACCAAUUCUCACACUCCAACCCAUUGACAAUCAAAAACACACUUCACUAAACCCCUUACCUACCUACUUCAACCCCCAAAAUGGCCCGCCCCCCCCUCUCCCAAAACCGCUCCAUGGCCAUCCUCAACGCCGCCCUCGCCUCAGGAUACGCCGUCCCCGGAAUGUGCUGCUACAACAUCGAGUCCAUCAUCGCGACCGUGCGCGCCGCCGAGUCCGCCCGCUCCCCCGCCAUGAUCCUCCUCUUCCCCUGGGCCCUGACCUACGCCGGCACCUCCCUCGUGCGCGCCGCCGCCGACGCCGCGCACUCGGCCUCCGUGCCCGUGAGCCUGCACCUCGACCACGCGCAGACCCCCGAGCUCGUGCGGCGCGCCGCGGACAUCGACGGGGCCUUCGAUAGCAUCAUGUGCGACAUGAGCCACUACGAGAAGGAGGAGAACCUCGCGCUGACGAGGGAGCUGGUCGCGUACUGCCACGAGCGCGGGAUAGCCGCCGAGGCGGAGCCGGGGCGGAUCGAGGGGGGCGAGGACGGGGUCGCCGAGACCGCGGACCUCGAGGCCGUGCUCACAACCCCCGAGCAAGCAGAGGAGUUCGUCGCAACCGGCAUCGAGAUGCUGGCCCCCGCCUUCGGCAACGUGCACGGGGAGUACGGCCCGCGGGGGAUCCAGCUCGAGUACUCGCGCCUGGAGGCGAUCAACGCGGCGGUGGGGGACCGGGUGCGGCUGGUGCUGCACGGGGCGGACCCGUUCGACGAGGCGAUUUUUAGUCGGUGCAUCAGGGCGGGCGUGUCCAAGGUCAACAUCAACAAGGGGAUGAACAAGCACUACGCGGCGGUGCAGGAGGAGAUGCGCGGGAAGCCGCUGACGAGCGUCAUCGAGGCGGGCACCGACAGGAUGCAGGCCGCUAUCGAGCAGUACAUGCACUGGCUGGGUAGCGCGGGCAAGGCGUAAGUUGGGUGUGUGUAUGCCGCCUUUACAUGCAUGUCUACCCUAUAAGGUCUUAUAUAGUGGUUGGUAGAUACACGCUAUAUGCAUGCACGAUGUGCUGAUAAGCAGGCAUAUUGAACAUAUACAUGCACAUAGGUACUUAUACCUGUAGUAGUAUACAACUGUAUACAUAGCGUUCGAUGUUGGGUACAUAAUAUCAUGUAUAAUACAUAAAUCUUACAGGAAACGUCUCAGCUAUU